AUGCAGCUGGCACUGCCUAAUGACGUACUUCUCUUGAUUGGAGAGCAGCUGGAACAGAAAGGAGACCGCUGGAACCUCAUCUUUGCCUCCCGACACUUUCACGAUCUUUUUCUCCCGCUGGUAUAUCAGAAGGUGUUUAUCAACCAUUGGCAACAUGCCAACUCGUUCCUGCAUGCCAUACUGAAACGACCUGCGCUGGCGCGGGCCGCUCGGGAGCUAGACCUAACAGGCUGGCAAGCCAAAAUUGUAUCGGAUGACGAAUGCAACCAAAUUCAGGCCUCGGCAGCUUUGAGGGCAUGGCUGGAUGCUGUAUCAUGCUCAAAAAUCGAAAGUGAUCAGUGGGCCCAACGCCUCGGACAAGGCCUUGCGGACGCAUGGGUUGCACUCAUUCUCCCAUUGUUAAGUCAGCUCAGGAAGAUUUCACUGGCCUAUACGACAAACUCCCCUUAUUUGGACCGGAUCAUGCGAAGGGCCGUGAACUGCGAAAAGCCGUUUUCCGUCCAACCCUUCCGCCACCUACGCGAGGUCUUAUUGCAUCAUCGGGAAGAUCUCGAUCAUAGCGAGCACCUGGAUGAUGCGGGAGGUGAGACUCAAGUAUCAUCAACACUACUCCUGCCAUUUUUCCAACUGCCAUCUGUUCGUGCAAUCACAGCCAACUCGGUAGUGGACCCGAGCACCAUUACCCCAACCUCCGAGGAAUCGGAUGAGAAGCCCCGCCUUGGCUUCUCCUCAAUCACCGAUAUUGAUUUACGCGCAAGUAGUGGGAACCAUGGCAUGGAGACGUUGGUCAGUUCAUGUGCAGACCUGAAGUCAUUUAAAUACCAGCACUCGGACUCGCACGUGCUUUCGCAUGGCUACCAACCAUCCGCCUUCCAUCGCUCUCUGACUCACAGCAAAAAGAGCCUACAAACACUGUGGCUGGACCACUAUGGCAGCCAUUACCCGUUCACCGCUGCUGGGUUGAAUCAAUCCCACGACGAGUGGUUCGGCUCUCUCGUUGAUUUCACUGUAUUACAAGAAGUGCGUGUAAGACUGCCAAAUCUUCUGGAUAUUCGAUACCAGAACGAACCAACCACGCCUCUCAUGGAAUGUCUCCCGUCGUCACUUGAGACCCUUUACAUUGAAGGAUGCCAGGAGCGAUAUCUGGGAAUGUUGGUUUCUCAAUUACAGACAGUGAUCAAAAAUCGCCGGACUCGUUUCCCUCGACUCAAGCGUGUCGAUAUCGAGGGUGCAUUCCAAAAUGUCUCGUCGGAUGACGAAGAUCAUGUUGCCAACUCUGGACCGGAAGUACUUGAAGCUGUGAUCAAGGACAAAAUAUACCAAGCUGCUGAGCCUUUGCAUAUAGACUGUGUCAGUGCUGGGUUGGAGUUGCAUCUUCACGACCGUGCUCUGUCGCAUAUUUGA